UUUUAUGAUUCAUUUCUCAACUUCUAUCCCAUUCUCAAUUCUCAUUCCAGUGUCAGAAGCAUUCAUUGUACCACAAGAAAUUCCAUCACUGCUAUCGUUGGUCUACAGUAAUAUUCCACCUAUCAAAAAAGGAACGGACUCAAGGAUUGGCUUUGGAUAUCGUUUUGGUGAGCAUGCAGAUUUUCAAGUUCAAUGGGAAUUGGGACCGCAGAAGGAAACACAGCCCAUUGGCGAUAAAUCAACACAGAGUAAAAGAAAUAUUAGACCGACUGAUGAGUAUCAGCUUUUGAAGACGAUAAGGAAGGAGGAGAAGAUCAAGUACGAGGCAACAACAUCAAAAAGCUGGCUCUCAAAUUGGUUUGACAAUGUCAGAAAAAGUUUUACAGAAGCUGAGACGACAACAAAACAGCCAGAAGUAGUUCGAGCACCAAGAAUAUCAGCCUCUGCCCUACAGCAACUGAAAAAGUUGUACGAAAGUGCCGAAAAAAACAAAACGAAUGAAACUGAAAAUGAUUCGAGAACGGAGGAGCCACUUAGUGUUCAGCACCUGCCAAAAGCUGCUCUCGAUAUAUUGCAACAACCAAAUAAUCCUCAGCAUAAAUUACGAUUUGUUAAUAAUAAAAAUAAUAGAAGUAAAGAGAGAGUUGAUUCCAUCACGCGAGAUCUUGCAAAUGUUGAUUUAGAUUAA